CCAUCGGCCAUGCAGACAGGCUAGAGAGAGGCUCCUUGGAUACAUAACACACUACAGAGGAAGGCGGGAAGAGGGAAAGGCUGUAUGAGAAAAGGAACAAGCAAUCUGAAUGCCACGGCGAGAUGGGAGACUAGAGAAGGGUCCAGUCUCAUAGUAUGAACAGGUUCUUUGGCAGUGGAGGACAUGGGAGCCAAGGCGUCUGCGAUGGGCAGCGGGGGGCCUCCUCUCUGGGUCUGUCUCCAACCCUGGAGAACAUCCAGGCAGCGUACGGAGAAGGGGAGAGCAGCAGGGCCCGGGAGCUGAUCCAGCAAGCCUGCUGUGUGGAGUGUAGUGCAGCUAGUCCUCGGCUGGAGGGGCUGCGUCUCCUGUGUGUGGCCACCCAGCAUGGUGAUGAGGAGAGCGUGAGUUACCUCCUCCAUGAGGCCCAUGUGCCCCUGCCCCUGGAGCCAUCGGAGGGAAACCCCGCCAUCCUGGCUGCACACUAUGGACAUGUCAGCCUGGUCAGAGAGCUGCUCGACUCAGUACCAGGUCCGUGUGUCCACAGAGAUCUGUUGAACUGGAUGUUGGUGUCGGCGUGCCAACAGGGUCACCUGGAGGUGGUUAGAAUGUUGGUGCAGGGUUACCAUGCCGACGCUGAGGACUGUGCCAUCCACCAGGAGGAGUUUGCUGUCAUCACGGGGCUGCCUCUCUACGCUGCUGCACGCGCAGGUAAUGAGGAGAUAGCUAGAUUCCUGCUGCAGAAUGGCGCUGGGCUGUCCUCCUACACCCUGAUGGAUUAUCCAGCCUUUAGCAGACUGCUCGUUGAACAACGACUGGUAGAAGAAGCAGACACACACACAGAACCAGCGGGAGAAAAGCUACUAUGUGGCCGUUGGUCAGGUCUGAAGCUGCCAUGGUUGGAGCUGGACUGGUUCAUGGACGUGUCGUCCCGUAUCUCCCACCUGGACCUGUCCUGUAACAGCCUCAGCUCCCUGCCCUCCGUGGUUCCCUGGGGGCUCAUACAGCUCCGGACCCUAGACCUCUCCAACAACCUGUUCAAAGAGCUGCACACAGCACAGAGCUCACAGGAGAUCAUCUGCUCCAGACUUCGCCAGGUGAAUCUGUCUCAGAAUGAGUUGACCAGCUUGCCGUCCGGACUGCUCCAUCUCACCAGAGUCCAGAGGCUCUCUGCUGCUAAGAACAAGCUCACCUCCCUGUUUGACAUUCCUAAUGGUACUAACUGGAUCGGUCUGCGUAAGCUGGAGGAGCUGGAUGUGUCUGACAACUGUCUGACCAGUCUUUCCUCUGCUGUUCUUCACUCUUUCAAAUCGCUCACUUCCCUCAAAGUCUGCCGGAACAGACUCACCAGCUUCCCUGACCCAUGGGCCUGCCCUCUGAAGCACUGUCGAGCCUCAUCCAACGCCAUCGAGAAUCUACCCAAUACCAUCUCCAUCUUCUGGAGAACUCAGCUGCAGGAGGUGGACUUCUCAGACAACGUCAUCAAGGAGCUGCCCUCCUAUAUAUUCCAGCUGGAGGCCCUGGUCUCUCUCAGACUGUGUAGGAAUCAGAUCUCCACUCUCCCGGCACCCAACAAGUGGAAAUGCUCUCUGCUCAGAACCCUUGACCUCUCCAGGAACCAUCUGGGCAAGACUGAGGAGGGACCCAAAACCAGGAAGCUGGCCUUCCUGACCACAUGGCACCGGAGAGACCCGGACCCAGUAUGCCCAAUCGAGUUUCCAGUAAUUUUGCGGGAUGCUUUGGAAGUGCUUUCCUUGAACGACAACCAGCUGGAGUGUGUGCCCCAGUCUGUGUGUGGCCUGAAAAACCUCAUGGAGCUCUACCUCUCCAAUAAUCCAGGUAUUCGGGAGCUUCCAGCUGAGUUGGGGCAGCUCUCUAACCUGUGGCAGUUGGACAUUGAGGACCUCAACAUCACUAAUGUUCCCCAGGACAUCAGGAAAGAAGGUCCAGCAUCAGUGCUGUCCUUCCUCCGUGCCCACCUACGGAGGGCGGAGCCCUGUAAGCUGCUGAAGCUUCUUGUGAUUGGUCCUCCUCGGCAGGGAAAGACAGCCCUCCUGGAGGCGUUGCAGACGGGCAGGACCUCCCCUUUCUCCCCUGCAGAACAAAACAUCAGCACAGCUACUUGGGAACUGGAAAGACCCAAUGGGGUUAAAGCUAGCGCGGACUCCGUGGCGUUCAACGUGUGGGACAUCGGCGGUCCGGCCAACAUGUCCACGGUCAACCAGUGUUUCUUCACGGACAAGGCCCUGUACGUAGUCAUAUGGAACCUAGCUCUGGGAGAGGAGGCUGUAGCCAGUCUACAGUCCUGGCUGCUUAACAUUGAGGCGCGUGCCCCUAACUCUGCAGUGGUGGUGGUGGGCACCCACCUGGACCUGAUCGACACCAAGUUCCGUACAGAGCGGGUGGCCACUCUGAGGGCCUACAUCCUGGCACUAUGCAGGUCUCCAUCAGGCGCCAGGGCCAGUGGCUACCCAGACAUCACCUGGAAACACCUGCAUGAGGUAUCGUGUAAGACCCAGGAGGGUCUGGAUGGUCUGAAGAGGUUGAUCUUCCAGGUGGCCUGCUACAUGAAGGACAACAGCAGCAGUUCAGCUAGCGGACACAAGCUACUGGGCAGACUGAUCCCAAAGAGCUACCUUACACUGCAGCAAGCGGUGCUAGAUGAGAGAGGGGGGCGGGACACAGAAGACGAGGUCCAGUACCUGACAGACGCACAGCUGGACCUCGUCGUAGAGCAGAACCCAGGAAGUGACAUCAAAGACUACGAGGACCUGCAGACCGCCAUCAGCUUCCUGAUCGAGACAGGCACCAUCCUCCACUUCCCAGACACCAGUCACGGCCUGUGUACCCUCUACUUCCUCUGUCCCGUGUGGCUGUCGGACUGUCUGGAGCGGAUCAUCCACUUGAAGAGCUCCCGAUCGGUGGCCUGGAAUGGGGUGAUCCGAGCGGAGGAUCUGCGCAUGCUCCUGGUGGGAACGGGCUUCACCCAGCAGACGGAGGAGCAGUACUUCCAGUUUCUGGCCAAGUUUGAGAUUGCUCUGCCUGUGGCCAGCGAUAGUUACCUCCUCCCCCACCUCCUUCCUCCUAAACCUGCUAUGGACAUCCACGGCUUCCGUCAAGAGACCGCCAACUCCAUCCAGCGCCUCUUCAAGAUGAGCUUCGUGCCGGCGGGAUUCUGGGAACGCUUCAUCGCCCGCAUGCUCAUCAGCCUCAACGAGAUGGACCUCCAGCCUAAGAGGAAUGCUAAGAGUGAGCGGAGGAGGACCACGGUGAUCUACAGUUUUGCGGGAACAGGUAGCCAACAGAGGCACCGCUGUAGCACCUUCAGAGUCCGCCGCAGUCAGACCAUCUACUGGAGAGAGGGACUACUGGUCACCUUUGAUGGAGGGUAUCUAAG